UCUACUCUCAUCUGUUGUAUAUAUGGCGUGUGCAAGAGCACAUAGAGGACAAGGAUGACUCAGCACAUUGAAAUUGUGAGUGCUCGUCGCUUGUGCAAUGUUCACGAUGAGAGCUACAUUGUUAGUGUGCAAAUCGAUCGUUUGAAAAACCGCGAUCGUGCACCUCAUUAUUAUAUAUUUACCUCAAUAGAAAGCCGAAUUAGCAUUUCUCAACCUUAAAACCGGGUUUUAACUACCACAACCGUUCAAUCGCAAGUUUAUCAAAAGAUCUUUUCUAACCUUCACAAGAUGUCAUACAACACCGGCUCCGCCCAGGUAGCACAGAGGUUGUAUAGAAGAUUUCAGAACUCAUUUCCCACCCUGAUUGCCGCACUGGACGAGAAUAGUAACAGCGGCUCACGGGCUGGGGAAGUUCUGGCUGUGAUUGCUACCAUUGCUAAAUCAAUGGCAGCCCACAGCAUCAAUCCCUCGGAACCACCGUCUAACUGGCACCGAGCGUACAAGCCGCAUUAUCUUGCUUGGCUUCGAGCUCAACAGGAUGAAGACGAAAACGAGAUGGAAGUGCUGGUUGAGUGUGACGACGAUGGCCAUCAGAUAUCGUUCAUCAAUGAGUUGCGCACAUACGUGCAAACCAAGGUGCGAUCAACUGUUUCUGCCAGCGUCCGAAAUAGCAGCCGCCAUGAGUUCGACCACGGCGAUGAGAUCUAUCCGGCUUGGGCCGUCCGUGUCACAAGUCGCUCAUGCAAGGUGAUCAACGACGAUACUUGCGAUCGCAAAACACCACCUCGGUGCCGUGCUCCUCCCGUUACAGCUUGA